GGGUUGGUAUGGGAACCGAGGGGUGGGACCACGCUGGGCUCCGCCUCCUUUUGGAUUGGCGGGAGAGUCGGAGCUGGAGCUGGGGGAUCCACCAUGGAGGCCAAGCGGAAGGUAUCCCCAGCGGGGCCUGGCCCAGAGGACCCCUCACAGUGGAAGCGGCCACGGGGGGGUGACUGGGAGGAUGAGAACCCCUCACAGUUUGAGGAGGCACUGGCCUACCUGGAUGAGGUGGAGAGCGAGAUGACUCUGGAGAUGGAGUCGUCAUCUCAGUUGCUUGAUGUCAUGGCCAUCGGGAGUCUGUUCUCCUCGGUGCUGAACCCCAAGUGGCAGCGCCCAGCACCCCCUGGGAUCGACCCUGCAGCUGAUGCACUCUGCUUCCAGCAGGUGGAGCUGGAUUAUUAUGUGGGCUCUCCAUUUCCUGGGAUGCCAGGUGCCACACAGGGCCCAGUGCCCGUGCUCCGUAUGUUUGGUGUCACUAAGGCUGGCAACAGUGUAUGUUGCCACAUCCAUGGCUUUGCCCCCUACUUCUAUGUGCCUGCCCCCAGUGGCUUCCAGGCCCAGCACCUGGGUGAGUUCCAGCGGGAGCUGAACGGGGCUGUGCUGCGGGACAUGCGCUCCAACAAGGAUGGGCUGAGCCAGGCUGUGUUGGCCGUGGAGCUGUGCAGCAAGGAGAGCAUGUACGGGUACCAUGGGCAACGGCUCAUGCCCUUCCUGAAGGUAGUGAUGGCUCUUCCCCGGCUCAUCGCCCCUGCCAAGCGGCUGCUGGAGCAGGGCCUGCGCUGCGGGACCCUCGGCCUACAUGGCUUCCAGGCCUACGAGGCCAACAUCGACUUUGAGAUCAGGUUCAUGGUGGACCGGGAUAUCGUGGGCUGUAACUGGAUAGAGCUUCCUCCUGGCACAUACCAGCUGCGCACAGAGCUGGCCUCAGGGGAGGCCUCCAAGGACAAUCCAGCAAAGGCAUCUCUCUGCCAGCUGGAAGUGGAUGUGGCCUGGACAGACUUUGUGAGCCACCCCCCUGAGGGCGAGUGGCAGGGCAUUGCACCUCUGCGUGUGCUCAGCUUUGACAUAGAGUGUGCUGGGCGCAAAGGAAUCUUCCCAGAGCCAGACAAAGAUCCCGUGAUCCAGAUCGCUAACAUGGUGCUGCGGCAGGGGGAGAAAGACCCCUUUGUGCGCAAUGUCUUCACCCUGCAGGGCUGCGCCCCCAUUGUAGGCUCCCAGGUGCUCUGCUUCCAGAGAGAGGCCGAGCUCCUAAAGGCCUGGGCUGAGUUCAUUCGCAUUGUGGACCCUGACAUCAUUACGGGCUACAACAUCCAGAACUUUGACCUGCCCUACCUGCUCCAGCGUGCCCAGGUCCUCAAGGUCUCGACGUUCCCUUUCCUCGGCCGGAUUCCAGGUCGCAAGUCUGUCAUCAGGGACUCAUCCUUCCAGUCUAAGCAGAUGGGGCGGCGUGAGAACAAGGUUAUCAACACUGAGGGACGAGUCCAAUUUGACUUGCUACAGGUGCUGCUGCGGGACUACAAGUUGCGUUCCUACACCCUCAACGCUGUGAGCUACCACUUCCUGCAAGAGCAGAAGGAGGACGUGCAACACUCCAUCAUCACUGACCUGCAGAAUGGGACGGACCAGACCCGGCGCCGCUUGGCCGUGUACUGCCUGAAAGACACCUACCUGCCCUUGCGGCUGCUGGAGAAGCUGAUGUGUGUCAUCAACUACAUGGAGAUGGCCCGGGUCACUGGUGUUCCCCUUGGCUACCUGCUUGCCCGUGGCCAGCAGGUCAAGGUGGUGUCGCAGCUCCUGCGCCAGGCCAUGAAGCAGGACCUAGUGAUGCCUGUGGUGAAAUCGGAAGGGGGUGAAGACUAUGCAGGCGCCACUGUUAUUGAGCCACUGAAGGGGUAUUAUGAUAUGCCUAUUGCCACGCUAGACUUCUCCUCCCUGUACCCAUCCAUCAUGAUGGCCCACAACCUCUGCUACACCACCCUGCUGCAGACAGGAGCGCCAGAGCGCUAUGGCUUGGCCUCCGAAGACUUCAUCCGCACCCCAACGGGCGACCUCUUCGUUAAGGCCUCGAUGCGCAAGGGGCUGCUCCCUGAAAUCCUGGAGAACCUGCUGGCUGCCCGCAAGAGGGCCAAGGCCGAGCUGCAGCGUGAGACAGACCCCUUCAAGCGCCAGGUGCUGGAUGGGCGGCAGCUGGCACUCAAGGUCAGCGCCAACUCCGUGUAUGGCUUCACUGGAGCCCAGGUGGGCAAGCUGCCCUGCCUGGAGAUCUCCCAGAGCGUGACCGGUUUUGGGCGCCAGAUGAUUGAAAAGACUAAGCAGCUGGUGGAGUCCAAAUACACCAUUGCUAAUGGGUACUGUGCUGAUGCCAAGGUGGUGUAUGGAGACACGGACUCAGUGAUGUGUCGCCUUGGCGUGGCAUCGGUGGCCGAGGCCAUGGAGAUUGGGCGGGAGGCAGCCGCCUGGGUUUCCAGCCACUUCACGCCCCCCAUCAAGCUGGAGUUUGAGAAAGUGUACUUCCCCUACCUGCUGAUCAGCAAGAAGCGCUAUGCGGGGCUGUACUUCUCGUCCAGCGCCCAGGUGCAUGACAAGAUGGACUGCAAGGGCAUCGAGACCGUGCGCCGUGACAACUGCCCCUUGGUGGCCAACCUCAUUAGCACCUGCCUGCAGAAGCUCCUCAUUGACAGGGACCCGGCAGGUGCAGUGGCCCAUGCCAAGGAGGUGAUCUCGGAUCUGUUGUGUAACCGGGUGGACAUCUCCCAACUGGUGAUCACCAAGGAGCUGACCCGCACAGCGCAUGAGUACACUGGCCACCAGGCCCAUGUGGAGCUGGCCCAGAGCCCUCGGCUCCUUCUCCUUCCCCCACCUCUUUCCAGGAUGCGGCGGCGGGACCCUGGCAGUGCCCCCAACCUGGGCGACCGGGUGCCCUAUGUUAUCAUCAGCGCUGCCAAGGGGGUGGCAGCCUACAUGAAAUCCGAGGACCCCAUCUAUGUGCUGGAGAACAACAUCCCAAUCGACACACAGUACUACCUGGAGCAGCAGCUUGCCAAGCCCCUGCUCCGCAUCUUUGAGCCCAUCCUGGGAGAGGGCAAGGCCGAGAGUGUCCUGCUCAAGGGGGAGCACACACGCUGCAAGACAGUCCUCACCUCCAAGGUGGGGGGGCUCAUGGCUUUUGCCACCAAGCGCAGCACCUGCAUUGGCUGCCGGGCUGUCCUGCCCCACCAUGGCGCAGUGUGCAAGUUCUGCCUGGACCGGCAGUCUGAGCUGUACCAGAAGGAGAUCUCCCAUCUUUCUUCACUGGAAGAGAAGUUUGCCCGGCUCUGGACCCAGUGCCAGCGGUGCCAGGGCAGCCUGCAUGAAGAUGUGCUGUGCACCAGCCGCGACUGCCCCAUCUUCUACAUGCGCAAGAAGGUGCAGAAGGACUUAGAUGACCAGGAGUGCCUGGUGGCACGGUUUGGGCCCCCUACAUGGUGAGAGGGGGCAGGUGGCUCAGCCCCACUCUGGCCAGUACCCUGUGUAUAGGCCUCCCCCUCCAAACCUACACGGAAGAUGUUGAAGACAGGCAUUUCUUGCCCCUGCACCCUAGGAUUUGCCUUGUCUCCCUCUGCCCAGGGGUGACAGAGGCCCCAGUUUGGGGAGAUUUUUGAGGGGGGGGGCAGGGCUAGGGGGUUGCUGUGGGUUUGGGACCAUUUGUAAUUUUGUAUUUUCUAUGAUGAAUAAAGAGUCCUAUUUUAAACAUUGAA